CACGAGGAGGACUACAAAUAAGAGCGACAAAGCUGCAGAGAGAGACCCAGGAAUCACUCUGAGCUGGAGAAUCACUGAAAAAAAAAAUAACAAAGCAAUCAAGUCAAAUCAUGGCUCAAGGUAUGGACAUUGAACGCUGGGACCCGGAGUGUCUGUUUAACAACACCGACCAUCGCACUGAUCUGAACGGCGUCGAUCGUCUCAUCGUGAGGAGAGGCCAGCCGUUCAGCAUCAGCCUGUACCUUCGCUCCGGGUCAAGAUACCAGCCUGGCGUCAGCUCACUUGACCUUGUUGCCGAAACAGGUCCUCAGCCAUCGGAGCAGUAUGGCACCAGGGCCUCCUUUGGUCUGUCUGCCAACAUUGACACUUCCCGCUGGAGCGCCUCUGUCACCAGCCCACCUAGCGACAUGGUGGCUCUGUCCAUCUGCUCUGCCCCCGACGCGCCCAUAGGCCGCUACUCCUUGAGCCUGGGCCAGUCAGGGAAGAUUGACUUCAUUCUGCUCUUUAACCCCUGGUGCCCAGGAGAUGCAGUGUAUAUGGACAAUGAGCAGAAUCUGGCAGAGUAUGUCCUGUCUCAGGAUGGAAUCGUCUUUCAGGGCAGCUACAGAUAUCCCAUAGCAAAUCCAUGGAACUUCGGCCAGUUUGAAAGUGGAAUCCUGGAUGCCUGUCUGAGGAUUCUGGACAUGAAUCCUAAAUGUUUGAGAAAUCCCAGCAAAGACCAUUCAGGGAGAAGAAAUCCCAUCUACGUGUCCCGAGUGCUGAGCGCCAUGGUGAAUUGUAAUGACGACAGAGGGGUUUUGCUAGGAAGAUGGACAAAUGACUAUGAAGGAGGUGUGAGCCCACUGGCCUGGAGAGGCAGUGUAGAGAUUCUGCGCAACUGGGACACGCAAGCCUGUCAGCCUGUCCGCUACGGACAGUGCUGGGUGUUUGCCGCUGUGGCCUGCUCGGUUUCCAGAGCCUUGGGCAUCCCCUGCCGAGUCGUCACCAAUUUCCUGUCUGCCCAUGACACCAACAGCAACCUGACGAUUGAACGCUACGUCAAUGAAAACGGAGAACUCAUUCAAACCAAAGAGAUGAUAUGGAACUAUCACUGCUGGGUUGAGAGCUGGAUGACCAGGCCUGACCUUAAACCUGACUUUAACGGCUGGCAGGCCAGUGACCCCACUCCUCAGGAGAAGAGCGAAGGAGUGUAUUGCUGUGGCCCGGUCCCUGUCAGGGCCAUCAAGGAGGGCGUGCUCACGUCCAAGUACGACGCACCCUUUGUUUUCGCUGAGGUCAACGCUGAUGUCAUAACGUACAUGAAGAAAAAAGACGGCAGCACAUCGAAGGUCAUCACCACCACUAUGGUGGGCCAGAAGAUCAGCACCAAGAGUGUUGGCAGUGAUGCCAGAGAGGACAUCACUCAUCUCUACAAGUACCCCGAAGGUUCUGCUGAAGAGCGGGAGGCGUUCAAGAAGGCCGAGCACCACAACAAGCUUCUUCAGCAGCAGCAGAAUCAUGGCCUACACGUCGCAAUCAAAGUGUCGCCAGAAAUGAAGAAGGGCUGCGACUUCGACGUGUUUGCCGUGGUCACCAACAACACGGAGAGCGAGAAGAAGUGUCGCCUGGUGUUUGGGUCCUGUGCUAUUUCCUACAAUGGGAAUCUGGGAGAGAACUGUGGCUUUAAAGAUCUGCUCAAUGUUGAGCUGUCACCAGGAGCAGAGAGGCGAAUUCCUCUAAGGCUGAACUACUCCAAAUACGGUGGCCUGCUCACAGAGGACAACUUAAUCCGCCUGGCAGCUCUGCUGUUUGACUUUGCCACCAGAGAGACGAUACUGGCAACGAGAACCAUUGUUCUGGAUAAUCCUGAUAUCAAAGUCAGAAUCCUCGGUGAACCAAAGGAGAAUAGGAAGCUGGCGGCAGAGAUCACCCUCAAGAACCCUCUGCCAGAGCCGCUGGAGGGCUGCUGCUUCAGCAUCGAGGGGGCCAACCUGACCGGGGGACGCGUCAUCACUGAGAGGCUGGGCUCUACGGUGGGACCCGGGGAGGACGCCAAGGUGAAAAUCUACUUCACUCCCACCCAUUCUGGGCUGAGGAAGCUGGUGGUCGACUUUGACAGUAACAAGCUGGGCCACGUCAAGGGAUACAGAAACGUCAUUAUUGGAAAAUAAAGCCAUUCAGCCUGUACAGUCAAUAGACAACUGUUAACUGUUCGGCCAUAUAAACAUUAGCAAACGACCAUUGUUUUGCACACAUAGUUUAAUACAUACAUAUUUUUUUUAACUAAAAUUCUAUUCUACAAUUAAGUUGUUUUCUAGUGAUUGUAUCUCCAUAUCUUACUCUUUUAUUCUGAAUCAAAACUAUUUUGAUAUGAUUACAUGCUCAUUCAUUGAGUCAAAUAUGUGCAUCCAACACUUUAUAAAAGAAUAUGUACUGUUUCUUCUCACAGUCCGAAGUGAUGAUUGGUAUUUUGAGUACUGUGUACUGUUGUGUACAAUUAGAAGUGUUGUUGAAAGCGCCAUCAUUAAGUGUUCAGACGAGCCAGAAACAAUCUCUGUUUUGGCGAUAAAAAAGAGAGGAUGGGUUUGUUUUCAUACUGUGACAGUGAUAUGUAUGUUUGAGCAUUUUAGCUGCAAUAAAGGCAUCGUCUCAUCUGA